AUGGCACCUGCAGCUACCGAAACACCAGCCACUUCAGUAUCGCCGAGUGAGCGUAGUGAGGCACCAAUCGAUGCCUUUCUGACCGGACUGUGCAAAUUUCAACCUCUCCCGAAUUUGAAAACGAUUCUUGUCACCGGAGGGGCAGGCUUCAUUGGAAGCUGGGUAACUCGACAUCUGGUCCGGCAGUAUGCCGAGACCUAUAAUGUUAUAUGUCUGGAUAAGAUGGAUGUGGUCGCUUCGCUGAACAACAUCCUGGACCUAUUUACCUGCACUAAUUUUCGCUUCCUUCAUUGCGACCUUAACGACCAACACACCGUCCUAUUUGCGCUUCAGUCCUACAGCGUGGAUUGUAUCCUGCACUUUGCAGCAAGCAGUCAUGUCCAAAAUUCGUUUAAUGACCCUUUCACAUUCACACAAAAUAAUGUGCUGGGAACCCAGAGCCUACUAGAAGCCGUUCGCUCCUAUGGUAAAAUUCAAAGGUUCAUCCAUGUGUCGACUGACGAAGUCUAUGGUGAAACGAACGGCCAAGUGGCAAUGGAGAAUUCCACACCAAUGCGACCGACAAAUCCCUAUUCAGCUAGCAAGGCUGCAGCAGAGAUGUACGCGAUGGCAUACCAAAAGAGUUUUGGUCUUCCUAUCAUUAUCGUGCGUAGCAAUAAUGUUUACGGACCAGGACAAUAUCCCGAAAAAAUCAUACCGAGGUUUGCAGGCUUGAUGCUCAAAGGUCAAAACCUCACGCUCCAAGGAAAUGGAGACAACGCCCGCCGCUUUCUUUAUGGAGCAGACGCAGCCGAUGCCUUUGAUACUAUCCUGCACAAGGGCGAGAUUGGUGAGAUCUAUAAUGUUGAUUCUAGCUACGAGAUAUCCAAUCGAAAGGUGGCAGCUAUGAUGCUAGCGUUAUUCGGCCAUGAUCCGGUCAAAGACUUUGGCAAUAUGAUCACAUGGCUGCCCGAUCGUCCAUUCAACGAUAAUGACUACGCAGUUGAUGGGAACAAACUUCAAGCACUCGGUUGGAAACAGCGAAUCAACUUUGAUACUGGAUUAGAGAUGACAGUCGAUUGGUACAAGAAGAACAUGGCGACUUGGUGGCACUGCCAGUUUGCGGAAAAUGGGAAGUAG